AUGGACCGCGACGCCGAAAUGAGCACUGGCUCGGUGGUGGCCGGGUCGAGCAGCAGUGACCUCGGACGCUACUCCGGCGAUUCUGGGCCGUCAAAUAAGUGGAACUACCAACCUACUGUGUCCACGAUGGCGGUGUCUCCACCGAAGACGGCCCGAGCCCCGGCGAAAGGCAGCCACAGAGUCUCGUGCUUGGUCGACGGGUGCACGGCAGAUCUCAGCAAGGGCAGGGAGUAUCACCGGCGUCACAAGGUCUGCGAGCUGCACUUCAAGACGCCGGUGUUGAUGGUCCACUGGCAACAGCAGCGCUUCUGCCAGCAAUGUAGCAGGUAA